AGUGUCGCUCACAUUCACCUGCGCGAGAGACUAUUCCGCAGUCGUGCACAGUAAACCGAGAGCGCCGCUUCCAUUUUCAAACGCGUAUUUUUUUCUUUAAUUACUACAGUGUGUGUUGCCAGUUACGGGGACGGAGAUCCUUAAAUUUGUUUACCAGAGCAGCCCAAGUACAAAAUGUCAGGACGACACUGGACGAACUUUAUCGUUCUGCUAGCAACGGUAGCUAUCACAAGCUGCGCACAAAUAGAAGACCCAUGCAAAACAAAGUCACGCGUGGUGGCGGACGAUAAAUACUGUGACAAAUACUGGGAGUGUGACAAUGGACAGUCGAUCCAGUACGACUGCCCCAACGGGCUGGUGUUCGCUGGAAAGCAUAGAGGUGUGACUGAGGGCUGCGAUUAUCCGUGGCGGUCGAACUACUGUGAAUAUCCUAAAGUGCAAAUCAAUCCACCAAUUGGCACGGAGCACUGCGAUUGGCUGUACGGCAUCUUCGGGCACGAGACCUCAUGCACCAGGUACUGGACUUGUUGGAACGGCACCGCCACCGAGCAGCUCUGCAUCGGUGGUCUGCUGUACAACGAGAACGCACACUCCUGUGAUUGGCCGGAGAACGUGGACGGCUGUCAGAAACAUCCCCUCUGCAAUGAAGACCCUAACGGCAAUGUACCUCUCGGCAAAUCAUGCAACCGGUACUGGCAGUGCCAAGGCGGGUACCCUCGUCUGCAGCGGUGUCCAGCCAUGCUGGUGUUCGACAGGCGAUCCCUGCGGUGCGUGGUGCCCCCCACUGAAGACUGCGACGUGCCGACCACGACUGCCCCACCACCAGAAGAGGAGCCCCAGGAUCAAAGACCUAUCCCACAAUCGAAGCGGCCAAUACCAAAUGAAUACCAAGACGUGCAGCAGGGACGACCCAGACCAAGGAACUAGACUUCUACCUUCUCGAACCUUCCAGACGUUUCCAUUACUUCACUCUUUUUAAGCCUUGAAACUUUUCUCCCUAACUCUCUCCCACCAUUGACUCUUUAUUUCUUCUAAAAGGUCCUAGAGAUGGUGUUAGUAUAGACUCGUCGUUACAAUCUUGAUCUUCUAGAUACUUCUAGAUUUCCUUUGUUAUAUCUAGAAAUCCUUCUUUGGAAUUCUUCUUUUAAAGAGAAUAUAUACGGCUAGCCUGUACUGAACAUCAUCAGGGACUCGUAAGUGUAGAAGUAUUUAUACUUCAUUAAGUUUAUUGUUGUAAUUUAGUCAUGUAAUUAUACUUAUUACUAAACAGUAAGUAAUUAUAGAGGUUUUGAACAAAGAAUACUCAUAAAGAUGGAUAAUGUAA